CGUCAGUUCACCCGGAAGGAUCCAGUAUAAGUGAAGAUGGUGAACCUGGGAUUAUCCAGAGUCGAUGACGCCGUGGCUGCAAAGCACCCAGGAUUACAAGGCUAUGCAGCGUGUCAAUCACAGGCGUUCAUGAAGGGGGUGGUCACCUUUAUCUCAGGGACAGGUGCCGCACUGGUGAUCCAGAGUGUCUUCAGAAAACGCUUGUCGUAUUCUCCGCAGUGGAAUAUACUCGUGUCUGUAGUCGCAGGGUCGGUGGCCAGCUACGCGGUGACCAAGAGGGAAACGGAGAAGUGUGCCAAGCUGUGGGUCUAUCUGGAGAAAGGAGAGAUAUCGCAGCUACAUGACGCAGGGCACCAUCAGAUGUCAGAUAACACAAAGCAGAACAAAUACGGAGACACAAUAGAAUAAAUCUUCUUCGCUGUCGAAAAACCAGGGACUUUUUGUGCCGUGAACGAGAAAACAGAAAUGGUGACCUAAGGCGCCAUUCACGAUAAUAACAGAGAAUAAGGAAAGCCCUGAAAUUAUUCUCUCACCGACUGACCUACUUCUGCCUGAGGACAAUGGACAAGGAAAUAGAAUAUAAUGGACUACUGCAAUGUCAUAAAAGUCCCUACAGACUAAUAUGGGGUGUUACUAGGAAAAAAAAAAAAUAAUAAUAAUAAUAAUAAAAAAAUAUAUAAAAAUUAUAAAUAUAUAGAGAAAUAU